AUUACCAAAAUCAUAAAAAAAGACAACCUAUAGCUCCCUUCACAGCCUAUUAAGACCAGCCGAGUCAGGACACCGAAAUGACACGAGUCCUCUUCAGCAUCACGACUUGCGGGAGGCAGGCGGCAUUUGUUUUGUCACGUGACCAGUCAUCUGUUGUCGUCAGCUAGUAGACUUUCCCCGUGAAAGUGUAAUCCCUGUGGCCAAGCCGGGGAAGUAAGCAUGAAGUAGUGGACGGUGGAGGGAGCUGAAUAAACAGAAAGCCGAUACUCUGCUGAUAGAGACCCCGCCGUCUGUCGCCGCCCCGCCACCUCACCGCCUCCACUCGGCCCCCUUCUGUUGCCCAGGCUGAAGAACUCAAGCCAGCCAGCAUUCCUGAGCUCUGCAACGCCUAAUUGACCAGUGAAUUGAGUUUGAACUGACGUAUGCAGGGAAAAGGCGGAGAGAUAGAAAGACAGAUUCUGCUGAGACUCAUCGUGUUGCCGCGUGGCCGCCCUGUUUAACGCCCCCUGUGCUACCCUCGCCGCCUAUUGUGCCCCGCUCCAAACUGAUCGCGAGUCACUUGAACAGACACCUAUUGUCUCCAGACAAGACGCCUAGCUCAAGUUGUGGUGGACAUAAAGUGUUCUCAGGAGCUUCCCCACCAUGAUUGUAGAGAGUCAAGACCUCCUGAAGCAAUGGCUCACCGGAUACCUGGCCCCGUUAUGUGAUGCUGAUCCAGAAGCCCUGGCCAAGUACUGCCUUGCCCUAGUGAGGAAGGAUCGCCCUGUGUCAGAAUUAAAGGCCAGCAUGGUGGAGCAACUUGAUGUGUUUUUGCAGUCAAAUACAAAGCCAUUCGUGGAUAAGUUCCUUCAAGUUACUACAAGCCGUUCUUACAUACCAAAGCGUUUGGCACCUUCCUCCUCAUCAUCAUCCUCAUCCUCUACUUCAUUUAACUUGGACUCCACAUCUGACACUGGCAUUCCACCUCUACCCCCCACUCCCAGUAAGCAAUCCUCUGGCCACUCACCAGACUCCACCACUCCUCCUAACAAUGUGCCCCAACCAGCAGUACCUUCAUCCACAUCCACCACACUUCCCACUCCUCCACUGCCACCACCAACUUCAACCACUGCCCCUCCACCUCCACCACCCCCUGAGGCUGUACCUCCACCACCACCUCCAGCUUCUGUCAUUAUUCGAAAAGAGGAAGUGACCUCAUCCCAGCGUCUCCGGAAGCCUGAUUCAAACUCAGCUUUAGAGAUAGCAAAGCAUAAAGAGCAAGACAGAAAGGAAAACUUGGAGCGAGACAGGGAUGACAGAAGGGGAAGGAGAAGGUCCCCAUCAAGGAUGAGAUCUCGUUCAAGGUCCCGUUCAGGUUCAAGAAGUAGGGAUCGCUCUAGAAGGUCACGGUCAAGGGGCCGUAAUGGGCGAAGCAAGUAUGAUGACAGGAGGAGAAGAUCACCUUUAUCUAAAAGGUAUAGGAGGUCACGCACUCGCUCACGUACAAGGAGUCCCAGGAGGUCCAGGAGUCCUCGUCGUUCCAGGUCUCGGGAGAGGAAGUCCAGGUCAAGGAAUAGGUCACGAUCUCCCAGCCCAAGAUCAAGACCUCUGGUGCGUGGGAGGUCACCAGCCAUCCUGCCUAGGUCUCCCAGCCCAUCCAGAAAUAAAUCACUUCCCAGAGAUGAACCAAGAGAGAGUCCUCCAAAGACUUCACCUGUGGCUGAUGUGAAGAUAGAGCCAAGGAGUGACUCGAGUGCCAUGAUCCAGAGUGUAGUGGCCAAGCAUGCGGAGUUUCCUCUUCCUCCAGCCGCCAAGAAGCAGAGGUGUCGGGACUAUGAUGAGAAAGGGUAUUGCAUGCGAGGAGACAUGUGCUCCUUUGACCACGGCUCUGACCCUGUUGUGCUGGAGGGCAUCAGUGGUAUGCUGGAUUACCCUCCUCCUCCAGUUCCUCCUGGACCCCCAGGUGCCCCAGGGUACACCCCAGCACCUGCCCCAACUCAGGGGGUCCCACGUCCCAGACCACCUCUUCCAAGACCCCCACACUUUGCUGAAUACACACCAAGGGACCCAAGCAUGUGGGGAAGUCAGCCUGAUCCUGUCCCUGGCACUUACUAUGGAAGUGGACCAGACCGAGGGCCGGGCAGCCUCACUCACAGGUUCUCCACACCUCCUCCUCCUCUGCCACCAAACACCCCCAGGGAGCUCAUCAGUGUACCAGUCAACAAUGGAAAUCACAUCAUGGGUGGUGGUGGAGUUGGACCAUCCCUCGCCAGGCGCUUAGGGCCGGUUGUGUCACCUGGAGGACAUGGCCUGUCAGUGGCAGCCAAGAGUGUACGGCAGGAUCUAGAGAGCUGCACCCUUGAGCUGCGAAAGAUUCCUCCUGGCCUUAACACAAUUGCCCACCUGAAUGAUCACUUUUCCAAGUUUGGCACAGUUGUGAACAUACAGGUCCACCAUGAGGGCAAUCCAGAGAAUGCCCUGGUGACCUUCAACAGCCACUCCGAGGCCAACGCAGCCUAUCGAAGUACAGAGGCUGUUCUGAAUAACCGUUUCAUCAAGCUCUUCUGGCACAAUCCACAGAAUAAAAGUGAUCGAACAGUCUCAUACAGCACCCAGCCAAUGCGUCCUGUGCAUGACAGGCUGGGCGUCCGUCACCCAAACAAGACACUAAACAAGACAGUAGUGGAGACCCCAGGUGAUGAUAAGAAUGAGAAGGUCAUGAUGUCACGUGGCAGCCUAGUCAAGACAGUUUACAAUACCCAGGCCCUUCAGUCUGCUGCUGCUGUAUCUGCCAUAAAUACCCCAAGUUAUCCAGCAGCAGCAGCAGCAGCAGCACCAGGAACAACAUCAGCAGUAACAACAGCAUCAGUGGGAGUGGCAGGCAGUACAGCAGGAGCAGGGGCCCCACCUUCCCCUGGGUGUGGGCCACACUCCCUGCCAGCUGCUGUCCCAGGAGCUGUCACUCCCACCUCACCGGUGGGGGGGUCUCCCUCUCUACCAGCUGUUGCUCCAGAAUUUUCACACACUGCCACCUCGUCCUCUGAUACUAAGAGACAGGAAAUAGAUGCCAUUAUGAAGCAGCGAGAACUUUUGGCUGCUGAGGUUGCUGCCAAGCACAAAGUUGAGAAACAGAAGGCUGAUGCAAUGAAGCUCAAAUCAGAAGUAGAACAAAGGAAGAAACAAUUGUUGGACAAACAAAUGCAGCAACUGAAGGUUCUUUUGAAAAAAGCAGAGACCAACAAGGCAACUAUGAAGGCUGAUGAGAAAAAACAACUUUUAGAAACCAUCAAGUCCCUUCAAGGUGCUAUUGACUCCACACGGUCUGAACUGUCCAAUGUGGAGACACCCAAGAGCAAGGCACAGCUGGAUAAGGAAAUCCUUGACACAGAGCUGGAACUCUAUGCUGUUCAGGCAGAGAGUGGAGAUGCCAGUAAGCUGAGGAUGCGGCUGACCCAGCUGCGGGCACAGCAGCAGGCAGCAGGCUACCCUCCUAGCCGUCCGUACAGGCACAGCCCUUACAGUGCAAGAGGUGGCCCCUAUGGAAGUGGUCGUGGCCGAGGGGCUGGCCGGGGUGGAGUGAGGGGCCGUGGUCGGACUGGGCGAGGCUAUAGCCACUCUUUUGCUUCUGUUGAUCGUCGCACAACUAAGAUCAAUGCUUCAGGAUUUGAGAGGGAAGACAAGGAUGAAGUUCUGGCUCAUUUUGCUACUCUUGGAAAAAUUACAAACUAUGUGUGGGAUGGACAGACACCAGCUAUCACCAUCCAGUACUCCACACGGCGGGAGGCAGAGAAAGCAAUGAACGAAGGACGCACACUGGGCGAUCGCCUCCUCACCCUCACCUGGGCCUUCGAUGCUGCACUUCCCCUCACCUCCCAGACCCCAGCCACUGCCCCAACACCCUCACCUUCACAGCAGCCACAAUUAUCACCACACUCAUAUGCCAGUGUGACGCCACAUUCCACCACCACACUGCUUUCAGCAGACGAGACACUGGAGGAGAUAACUGAAGAAAUUGUGGAAGAGGUGGAAACAGAAGAAGAUCAUGCAGUAUUGUUUGAAGAGGAAGAGGAAGAAGUGGAAGAGGAGGAAGAGGAAGUAAGGUCCUGGAGGAGGUAGAUAUGAAUAAGCAGGUGGUAAUUUGGACCAUAAGUCAAAGUGGUGAUUAUCAGAAGCAUACAUGAUUUGUAUGAAAAAGUUGCUUCAAGAUGCACUUUAGUCAUUUAACUUUAUAUGACAUGGAAGGUGUUGGUUCAUAUAUAAUAAGAAACUUUAGGAAUGUGUUAGCACUAAGAUAGUUUGUUCAUCACUACCUUGUAUUUCUACUGCCACUUGGACAACAGUCAACUCAUCAUCAUUAUAUUGAUUCCAUAAGCUGGUACUGACUGAAAAGUAAAUAUUCACAGGCUUAUUAAAAUUCUGAAUGUUUAGAUUUAUCACAUUGUAUGUUAAAGUUAUGAAUUUUUUAGAUGGUAUGUUAUGAUUUUUUUUUUAGAUGACUUGUGCUUGGUUGAAAAUAAUUGUAGCGCAUCAUGCACAGGAAUGGGUUUAGGGACUUCACAAGUUAAUUACCUCUUCAGAAGUUCAGAAUGAGAGGUUGACUAAUCUUUGAAAAGUUCAGAAUGAGAUGGUCAUCCCCAGUAAGCUUUAGAAUGAGAUGUUUCAGAUAUCAAUUUGUUCUUCCCUCUUUUUUAUUUAUUUAUUUAUUUUUUAUUUAUAUUUCUUUUCUUUCUCUCAUGCUUACUUUCACAUCACAUUUUUUUUCACCAUUGUUGGAGGAAGAAGUGCUUGCUUAUGGGCAUUAAUUUAAUUUGACAAUGAAUCUAUAGCAUUAUAACAAGACCAACAUAUUCAAGGAAAUUACAUAUUAGUUUGAUAUUUUGUUUUAGAGUUUUCAAAAGUUACAAAACAUAAUCUACUGUGGAUGUCUAAGUAAAAUGUGUGGUGUACUUGAGGAAAAGUGCUGGAAAGCUAUUGAAAGCUGUAAAGUAUGUGAAGAUAGUGUGUAAAAUGGCCAUGUCAAAUUAAUUAAAGUGUUUUCCAAGCAUGAAGCAAAAGUAAAAUGCAAUUAGUUCCAUCAGUUCAUGGUAUACAGUGCAUUGACAGGGAAAAUAUUAUCAAAUUUAACUAGAAAUUGAAUUAAGGGUGUCAGACACUUGUUGAAAGGAAUGUGUAAGUUUCAUCUUGAGUAACACCACUUGAUACUGGCUGUUAGUGAGAGCUUGGAAGGUGUUAACAGUACAGCUGAUAGAGUACUAUUUGCCUUAGGACUGCUCUUCAUUAUUUCCCCACUUUAUCUCUACUAAUUUAACAGAUUCUGGUGGAAAUUAUUGGAUUUUUCAAUAGGAUUUUCACAAUUGUAGUGAUAGUUUAACAGUAAUUCUGUAUCAUCAAUGGUGAAAUAUUCAUGAGAAUCAGACUAAUCAUUCCUAUAUCUUUUGAAAAAUUAUUCUGAAAAAACUGAGUGUUUCAGAAUAUGAGUCUUAAUAUUGUAUUGUUCAGACUAAAUCUUAUACCAUGAAUUUCACUUAAUUAAAAAAAAACUGAACAAAGAAUAAAUAUAACAUACCUUUUUUUUUUUUCUGCAACUUCAUUUCUUUAUACAUCAACAGAAAUGUCAGGGACUCAUAUUUUGUAUCAUAUUUUUGAAUGGUGAUUUAGAUGGUAGGGAUCCAGUGAGUUGCGAGAAUGGCAUAACUUUGCUAUGUAACAUACUGAAAUUAACUCUACUUAUUCUCUCUGAAGCCUUCCUUCUCAUCUUGUACUCUUGUCAAUCUGUUUUCAGCUCCUGUUAUCAAUUUCUCGUUUUUCCUCAGCUUCCAUUCUUAUCUCCUUUAAAUGUCUUGAUGGUCCGGCAAAUAUGCACAUAUCUCAUGCCUUUACUUAUUAGCACUUAUUGAGAUGUGUUACAUUGUAUAAGUAGUAUUUAAGUACAGUUCUCCUAAGUAGUGAUGUUGCAUUUUACAAAAAAAUUCAGAUAAAAAUCAUUAGCAGACAACUACUUCCACCAAUCACAUCAUCAGAUCUUUGUCUUUGCAGAGCUCUUGAUAAAAAUAUCAGCUGAUUUGGUAAUUCACAGGACUGCUGAAAUGGUAAUUCACAGAACUUCUUAACAUGACUAUUUGGAGCAACUGUACAUCAUAUCAAGCAUUGAAUCUAUUGGACAUCCUAAAUUUGUAAAUUUGUCACCUGUAUUUGUAAGAGAGAUGCACAUUGUCAAGUAUAAUGGAAAUUAAGAAUUUUAUUGUAUGUGAUCUGAUGACUUCAAGGAAUUAUGGCUUGACUAUAUAAUAUGUAAUGAUCUUGAACUACAGCUCUUUUUUUUUUUUUUUUUUUUUUAUACUUCAAUAUUUCCCUGACUGUUGUGUGCUUUGUUCAGUAUUUUUUUGGUUUGUACUUUGGGUAAAUCUUGGAUAUAUUUUGAAAAAAUGCCAGCAGUUCCUCAUUGCUUAGUACAUGUUAAUGAUUACUGUGUUAUCUAAUAGUUAUGCUUUCCAUUUUGGUUUUCACGCACAUUACAAUUGUGUGAGUGAAGGACAUGAAACAUUUUACUUUCAAGGCCAUAAAUUGUUCUUGGUUACAUGUACUCAAAACUUACUUCUCCUUUCUUUUUUCAGGGGCCAGUUAAAAAUAUUCCUUUGAUGUUCCAUAUUGUUACUCCCAUAAACAAACUGCCAUUUUUCAUUAGUCUUGGAUUUUUUUGCAUAGAUAAUUCCUUCAAUAUGUCAUGGACUUAGUGUCAUUGCCACUUUUUGUUAUGUCCAGGGUUUGGAUGAUAUCAAAUUUCCCUCAGCUCUUCUGCCUUUGACACAAACACUAGGAGAAGUCUGUAAGAAAAUUUUUUGUCUAUUACCUGAAAAGAAGAAAAAUUACUUUUAAGAGUUUGUUUAUGAAGGUGAUACUAUUUCCAUGCUAUGCUGCUGAUGUGUCAUGUAGUGGCAGAGCAGUCUAGGUGAGCCAAACCCCACAGAGGCCUUCGUAAUCAUUUUGGUUUGAUCAGUAUCAGGUCAGAUGUGUCAUCUUGACUGUGUCACCUUUACAGCUUUACUGUGAGCUCUUUAGAAAGAACUUAUGUUUGCAGUAUUUUGACAGUGAUGAAGUAUCAGAAGUAUCAGAAAACUCCUUUCUGUUUGUUUAGAUUAUUUUGAUAACACUUUUAGAGGCAUGGAGUUAAAUGAAGGGAUUUGUUUGUCAAUAGCAACAUAUUUCUCCAGAAUAAUUGACCUGUGCCACCAAAAAAAAAAAAUCCAAGACCUGAUUUGAUCUGGGAUUGUAAUUUUUAUGUUCAGCAUUGUACAUUAAUUUGUCUUGUCAGUCAUUUUACCUUUCAUCAUUGAGUCAGUUUUAGGGUCUGAGUAGUUGUGUACUGUUUCCUUGAUAAUGUAAGAGAUAAGUGAAGUGUUUAUUAGUACUUAAGAGAUAUUUUUUAGUCACCCCAUUAAGCUGGAGGUGCUGUAGGCUAUAUGGAUGAGCUACCUAUGUAAACUUAGUAGUUGUGGAUGUUAACAGAGUGGUUUUUGUGAUAUGGAAUGGAACUAUUUAGCUGCCACAGUGUUAUGAAACUGGUGAUAUUACAAUAAGGAUUUAUAACUUUUUUAAUAUAUCAGUAGCAUUGGAUGAUUGGAGGCUUGUAAAUUUGAGGUUAUCAUUAUGGCAAGCAAGUACAGCAAACUAUCAAUAUUGUGAGCUAAUUCUGGGGAAGGCUAGGUCACCAUAUUUGAUGGGUGUCAGAAUGAGGCCUUUUAGCAAAUCCAGGUUGUUAUACAAGGCAAAUAAUUUGGUAAUAUGCAUUAAAAUAAUGGCAAGUCAAAGUGGUAUGAGUGUGGAAGGACACCACACAUGCACACCCAGUAAAACAUCUCUGCCUGCACCUUUCUGCCAUAUUUAACAGACUUCUGCCUCUUAUAACAGCCUAGAGAUUGGUAAGACUUAAGGUGCUUGUUGUGUCUGUCAUUGCUGUACUGAGAGUGUCACGCGGAGGGUUUACUGUAGGCUUACACCAGCAGUUCCAUUCUGUACAAUGUGUUGAGGUAGGAAGACUAUACAGGACAUAGCAGUGGAAAGUUGUUGCUCAUGUUUACUUGUCAUUACUGUUGCGUACAAGUUAGGAGACCUUUCUUUUCGUCAAGUUUGUCAAGUGUAGAAAUGUAGUUAAGGUACAAUAAUUCUAAUGUAUUUCUUGAAGCAUAUAAUGAUUGUUUGACGGAAGUGUCCAUUCAGAUGUUAUACUGCUGUACACACUUGUAUAUAAAUGCUUGUUUGUAUGACUGACUUAAAAAAAAAAAAAAGAAAAA